UCUUCUUCGGCUCUCCAUGAAUCGACCGUACGCACACACAGCUGGGCGCCACACUGACGGCUCAUACAAGACUGUCAAAGGACACACUUGGAUCUCAUUUGCAAACGAGUCUAGUCUCGACGCCGGGCUGAGAUGCCAAGAUGAGCUUCUGCCCUGCGAGGCUGUUGAUGGCGGACUGGUGGCGGUUGUUGACCGGCCAAGGUAGACGUCGAGGCUGUUUGAUGCUUUUGAUGGUCGACAAGCUGAAAGGAAGGCUGAUAGAAGGGGAAAUGAGGGGUUGGAAGGAGGCUUUGGUCGGCCGUAUUGAUGAUACACGAUGCAGGGCAUGAUAAAAGGUCUUUCCGUCCUCGUCACCACGUUUGCCAGAGAACAACCCAUCGAUUUGAGUCCCAAACAAACGAACAAUACAGUUGAUAUCUUUGUUCCGUACCGAUUCGUUCCUCUACUUCAAUCACUAUGUCUCGUCUUCCCCCCGCCGAAAAGCUGCCCCUGGCCCUCCGGAAGAAUAUCCGCGAUGAGUGGGAAAGCAAGAGGGAAGACCUCCAAAAGGAGCUCUCCGACGUGCUCGGCGCCGAGUGGACGCUGAGCGAGAUCAACCCCAACGCCCUCUACCCAUACGCCGGAGACGGCUACGCCAAGCAGUCCCUCGGCAGCUGCAUCGCCCAGUACGUCUCCUCGGCCAUCUACAACCUCAAAACCUUCGCCUCGAACUACGGCGACGACGGCAAGUCGGAGCUCAACUCCAUUUGCCACGCCCGCUCCCUCAUUCUCGACCUCGACGACCGGCCCAAAAAAGAGCGGGUGACUUACUGCGGCGUCGUCGUGCGCGACGGCGGCAAGUUGGCCAUUGUCUUCGCCGAAGGCAACCUCGGCACCAAUGCCGAUUACGCCCUCGACGCGUCAGGGCUGCUCAAGGCCCUCAACGACGCGCCGCCCGCGCCGGGCUCCGACGCCUCCAUGAGCCUCGCCGCGCGUACCUCGGUGAGGCAGGAGUACGACGAGAAGAUCGAGGAGACGCGUCAGAAGCUGGCCGACAUGCUGGAGAAGCCCGACGUCGUGCUGGUGCCCAACUUCGAGGCCAACUUUGCCAAGAUCCGCGAGGCCGGCAAAAAGAAGGGCAGCGAGGUGAGGGACGACUGGGAGGGCAACAUGGGCAGCUUCACGAGGAUGUACUUUGAGGGGCUCGAGUACCAGAUGUCGUACCAAAAGUUUGGCGACGACGACAUGUUGCGGGAGGGCUUCAACGAGGCCGUCGACAAGGGCGAGAUCCACUUCCGCAUCGUCGACAAGAUGGCGUACGGCACCUACGGGGAGGUCGUCCUCGAGGACGGCGCUGUCUACGUUCAGGCCCGGGCUCAUCACUUUGGCACCAAUGUCAACUAUGCGGCGGAGAAGCUUAUUGACCAGCUUUGAUGACGAGUUGGGGUGGAACGGGCGAGAAAAGACCUUUUAUGUACACCAGCUAUUACAUAUUCACCCAGGACAAUUAUCCCUGAAAAGAGUAAAAUCUCU